AUGGCGAUCGGUACGAGCUUCGUUAUCACCAAAAAGGUCGGUCUGCCACGAAUCCCCCGGAAAAUGGACACGCUGGUUGGAGACUGCGGAGCUUCGGGAUUGAUGCAGGCCUCCGAACGCCAUGGAUUCGAAGGAGAAGGAUUUGCAUAUCUGAGAAGUCCGGUGUGGUGGGGUGGCAUAGUGACACUCGCCCUCGGUGAAGUCGCCAACUUUGCCGCAUACGCCUUUGCGCCUGCGAUUCUGGUCACGCCCCUGGGCGCUCUGAGUGUUCUUAUCGGUGCGGUCUUGAGUUCUUACUUCCUCAACGAAAAACUCGGCGUAUUAGGGAAAUUGGGCUGCGCGCUUUGCUUGCUGGGGUCGGUCGUCAUCGUUCUUCAUGCGCCUCCGGACAAGCAGGUUGAAACAGUCAAUGAGAUCCUUGGAUAUGCCGUCCAGCCAGGGUUCCUUUUCUACUGUUUGACAGUUGCAGUCUUCUCAACCGUGAUGAUCUAUCGAGUUGCGCCGCUCUACGGCAAGAAGAACCCCCUCAUCUACAUCUCGAUUUGCUCAACCGUUGGAUCGGUUUCCGUCAUGUCCGUCAAGGCCUUCGGCAUUGCAGUGAAAUUGACCCUAGGAGGCAAUAACCAAUUUGUCCACGCAUCCACCUACGUCUUCGCCAUUGUGACCGGAUUCUGCAUUCUGACUCAGAUGAACUACUUCAAUAAGGCUUUGAACUCUUUCUCCACCUCAAUUGUGAACCCGCUUUACUAUGUCACCUUCACGACCGCGACCCUCUGUGCCUCGUUCAUUCUUUUCAAGGGAUUCAACACCACGGACGCCGUCAACACGAUAUCCCUGCUUUGUGGCUUCCUCAUCAUUUUCACCGGCGUUUACCUCCUCAACCUCUCGCGACAUGACCCCGAUGGACACAGCUUGGUGAACUCUAAACUGGACGAAGAUGGGGUACCAACGGAUGCUUUGACGAGCUUCCAGACUAGGCGCUCUAUGCAAUCCCGCCGAAGCUCAUCAAGCGCAUAUCAUGGAAACAGCGAUCGCGAAGGGCUCAUCCACGCUUAUGACAUGGAGAAUGGAAUUGGCAUGAGCACCUUGACAGAAACAGUUGAUGGGGGGGCAGGUCCAACCUUCCAGCGGACUGAUACGCAGACUGCAAUGCAUACCAAGCGGAACAGUCAGCUGUGA